AUGUGGGAAAAAUUGUUUAUGAUCUUCGCGUGCGCCUUAACAUUCUUAAUUCGGAAAAUCAUUCAAAAAGAACAUAACAUAUACAAGUUUAAUUUUAAAUUCGUUUUGUACUAUUUUUAUUCGUCCGUGUGUGCUUUCUUUGUAUGGCCAUUCUUCUUAUUCAAUCCGAAGAGCGUACACAACGCGAGGUUUGGUGCUUGGCUAAUAAGACCAAUCACGACUUUUUUUGAAAUCGAUUGGAUUCUUCGUAAUGGAGAAAUAUUGGCAGAAGAACGAGGCGCAAUCAUCGUAUCUAAUCAUCAAUCGUCCUUCGAUAUAUUGGGACUAUUCAACAUUUGGCACGUGGUGUACAAGAUGACAGUGGUGGCGAAAAAUGAGCUUUUUUACAUAUGGCCUUUUGGUCUUUCGGCUUAUCUUGCUGGAGUUGUGUUCAUUAAACGCUCCGAUGCGAAGGGCGCCUACAGGCAUUUGGACAUCAUAUCGAACGUAUUACUUAAAGAUAAGACCAAAAUAUGGGUGUUUCCGGAAGGCACGAGAAACAAAGAUUAUAAUAAGAUGCUACCAUUCAAAAAGGGGGCUUUCACCAUGGCAGUUGUUGCGCAAGUUCCCAUAAUACCCGUCGUGUUCUCUCCUUACUACUUCAUCAAUAAAGAGAAACACUUUUUUGACAAAGGUCAUAUAAUAAUACAGUGUUUGGAACCAAUCAGCACCAAGGGUUUAUCGCUUGAAGAUAUACCAGAUCUCAUGGACAAAGUGCAGCAGAAAAUGAUGGUGACAUACAAAGAAUUGAGCAAAGAAGUAUUAGAUUCGCUACCCACAAACUACACUUUGACGGAAAACGGAAGAAAUCUUCAGAACGUUAAGGAAUUAGCUGGAAUUUACGAAUAUUUGGGGCAACGUGUUCUGGGAAUACAAUUAACGGUACGAAAUUCUAAAGUGUUGUUAGAAGAUAAACCCGCUGUAAUAGUAGUAAACCAUCAAUCGUCGUUAGAAAUCCUUUUAAUAUUUCAGAUAUGGAGAAAAUUGAUCAGAAGAAUUAUCGGUGUGUCGAAGAGCGAACUGUUAUAUCUAUUUCCAUAUGGCCAGACCAAUUACUUACUGGGCACAAUGUUUGUUAAUAGAAAAAAGGGUGGACUCGAUGACAUGGAGAGAAUCGGUAGAGAAGUUGUCAGAGAGAAGGCAAGAGCUUUUAUGAUGCCCGAAGGUACAAGAAAUCAUAAUAAAGAAACCUUGCUGCCGUUUAAAAGAGGAGCUUUUCACAUGGCAAUUAAAUCACAAAUACCAAUCAUACCAAUCGCUAUAUCACCAUUUUAUUUCAUUGAUUAUGAAAAAACUUCAUUUGGACAGCGUGGGCUAAAAGAAAUCACCCUAUUGUAAUAUGCUCUCAUUUUUGCAAAUGGCCACCAAUGUCAAAUCUGUUUUGACAUUUGUAGACUAGAUAGAUACAGAACAAGGGCGGAUCCAGAGGGGGGGUCAUGGGGGUCAUGACCCCCCCUGGGCUGGGUCCAUCUGUACCCACUUCACAAUCUGUACUUAAGAAUCUGUACCCACUGUGACUUGACCACGACUAUAUGACCCCCCCUGGCGCCAAAGCUGGAUCCGCCCUUGAUGCAGAAUUUAGGUGUAUGAACCUACAAGUGAACAAGCCAUGGAGCGAUACACUCCCAAAGAACGCGGAAUAAUCGUGUCUAUUUUUUGCGUAACAAUUCAUCUGUGGUGUUGGCGCAGCGCGAAUUACGUAGCCGAUUCCCCGACCGUCCGACACCGACUGCGCAAACACUGCGCGUGCGCCGUUUGGCCACCAACCUUGAAGAGUAUAGCACCACACGAGAUAUUGCCAAGAGUGACCGGCCCCGGAGCGCCCGUUCUAACGAGAAUAUCGCCGCUGUUGCCGAGGAUGUCAAGCUGGUAAAAUAUAUUAAACUCGCGUCAGAACACGUGGCCUGAUCGAAAAUUCG